AAAGGCAAAUAAAUCUGAAUGGGAAAUGUCUCCGCCUACUGUUAACGCAUAUUAUACGCCUACAAAAAAUCAGAUUGUAUUUCCGGCCGGAAUACUACAGGCGCCCUUCUACGACAUUAAUUAUCCGAAGUCACUAAAUUUUGGAGCAAUGGGGGUAGUGAUGGGCCACGAACUCAGUCACGCAUUUGAUGAUCAGGGUCGAGAGUACGACAAAAGUGGGAAUCUUCACCAGUGGUGGAAGAAUAGCACAAUUAGAAAGUUUGAGGAUAGGAUGAAGUGCUUUAUUGACCAGUAUAAUAAAUACACGAUUGGAAGUGAACAUGUGAAUGGGAAGCAAACAAUUGGUGAGAACGUUGCCGAUAAUGGAGGUCUUACAGCGGCUUAUAAUGUAAGCAAUUGUGCAAAUUAUGCCAAAUAACCAAAUA